AUGGAAUCCAUCGCUGCACCCCCCGACACAACAACUUUCAUCCCCCUCGCCGAACACCAAUCCCGCACCCCAAGCUCCUUCCACUCCGGUCCGCCAAUCCUCUACUCCCACCACCAAAACUGCAAACUCGUGCUCCUGGAGCGCGAAGCCCUCGCAGUCCCAGCACUAGGUGCUCUGCGCGAAGCCUCCACCGCAAAUGGCACCACUGAAGAAGAGGGAGACAAGGAGAUCGUCAUUCCCGGUGUGAACGUGUGGGUUACGUCUGAAAAAUUCCUCCUCCACAACCCCACAACCAACACCGGCCUCUCAAUCCCCUACCCCUCCAUCUCCCUCCACGCCAUCCAGCGCCUCCAGCUCCCCAGCUCCGAAGACCAAGUGCAAGGCCUGUACAUGCAAAUCGCCAACCCGACUACCUCCUCCUACACCUCCGCCGACGACGAAGAAGACGCCCUCACAGUAACAGUCGUCCCGGAGACCCCCACCCAAGAAUCUUCUUCCCCCGCCGAGGAAGGGGACGAAAAGCCCGAAACGCCCACCCAGACCCUCUACGCUGCUGUGUCUGCGUGCUCGAAUCUGCACCCGGAUCCGGUUGAGCCCGGUGAUGAGGACGAGGAUGAUUAUGAAGGAGAGGAAGGUGCAUUUCAAUCUGGAUCAAUUACUGAGUGCUUCGAGAAGAUCAUGGCCAUCAUGUUUAGAUUAAGGUAUUUUUAUUAG